UGAUCACAAACGGCGGGAAAUAGACAGAGAAAAGACAACAACGCGACAGAGGGAACUAAAGACAGAGAAAAAAAAUCAUACAAAAAUGGCAACAGAAAUUGAUCAACGAUUAAUUGAGAUUCAACGUGAAUACCUAGACUUUCUCGACGAUGGGGAGGACCAAGGUAUUUACCAACAGAAAGUUCGGGAUAUGGUAACAAAUAACAACAUCAGACUCACAGUAAACAUCAACGACCUCCGAAGAAAAAAUCAAAAGAGAGCUCAAUGCUUGUUGAACGAGUCCUUCGAAGAACUUGUGGCAUUCCAAAGAGCACUGAAGGAGUUUGUUGCCUCCGCAGACCCCAUAUACAGCAAGCAAAACGAGGAAUUCUUUGUUGGCUUUGAGGGGAGUUUUGGAGCAAAGCAUGUGACUCCAAGGACACUGACAUCUCGUUUCCUUGGUAACAUGGUUUGUGUGGAGGGCAUUGUGACCAAGUGCUCGCUGAUCAGACCUAAGGUAGUGAGAAGUGUCCACUACUGCCCGAACACCAAGAAAACACUGGAACGUCGCUACACCGACAUGACAUCGCUAUCGGCUUUUCCUUCGUCGGCAGCCUACCCCACAAAGGAUGAAGAUGGAAACCUGCUGGAGACUGAAUAUGGCCUGUCCGUUUACAAGGAUCACCAGUCGUUUAGUAUGCAGGAAAUGCCAGAGAAAGCACCUGCAGGACAACUGCCAAGAUCGGUGGAUAUUGUUGCCGACAAUGACCUGGUAGACAGUUGUAAGCCUGGUGACAGAAUACAGGUAAUCGGAAUGUAUAGAUGCUUACCCGGAAAAAAGAAUGGCUUCACCACAGGAACAUUCAGGACAAUAAUGAUCGCCAACAAUGUCCAGCUGCUGAGUAAGGAAAUGGCACCCAUGUUUUCUGCAGAUGAUGUAGCCAAGAUCAAGAGAUUCAGCCGACAGAAAAACACAGAUGUGUUUGAGGUUCUUGGUCGAUCCUUAGCGCCCUCUAUUCAUGGUCAUGAUUUCAUCAAAAAGGCGGUCUUGUGUAUGUUGCUGGGUGGAAAUGAGAAAGUAUUGGCAAACGGCACACGUAUCAGGGGAGACAUAAAUAUCCUACUGAUCGGAGAUCCCUCAGUUGCAAAAUCUCAGAUGCUGCGGUAUGUUUUGCAUACGGCACCAAGGGCCAUCCCCACUACAGGUCGAGGAUCGACAGGUGUUGGUCUCACAGCUGCUGUCACUACAGAUCAGGAGUCCGGUGAGCGACGACUGGAGGCAGGUGCUAUGGUCUUGGCAGAUAGAGGUGUGGUGUGUAUUGAUGAGUUUGACAAGAUGUCUGACAUGGAUCGAACCGCCAUCCACGAGGUGAUGGAACAGGGCCGUGUGACGAUUGCCAAGGCGGGCAUCCACGCUAAACUCAAUGCCAGGUGUAGUGUCCUGGCCGCCGCUAACCCGGUGUAUGGCAGGUAUGAUCAAUACAAGACGCCAAUGGAAAACAUCGGGCUCCAGGACUCGCUGCUUUCUCGUUUUGAUCUUCUAUUUAUUGUACUCGACAAGAUGGACCCAGAGUUUGAUAGAUCUAUCGCUGAACACGUCCUGAGAAUGCACCGCUACAGAAUGGCAGGAGAACAAGACGGAGAUGCGUUACCCCUGGGAAGCUCUCUCAACCUUCUGGCUACAACAGAUCCAGACCUGGAUCGUGAUGAAGAACAGGAAACGCCCAUUUUUGAAAAGCAUGACAAAAUGCUUCAUGGAGCUAACAAGGGAAAAAGCCACCGUAUUGUGAGCAUGCAGUUCAUGAGGAAGUACAUCCAUGUAGCAAAGGCACUGAAGCCAAGCCUGACACGAGAGGCUGCUGAGGUUCUCUCAGACGAAUAUGCCAAGCUCCGUAACCAAGACAACUUCCAAAAUGACAGCGUUGCUAGGACCCAGCCUGUAACAGCCCGAGCCUUGGAGACGAUGAUCCGUCUGUCGACCGCCCACGCGAAGGCACGCCUAUCAAAGACGGUAGAUCUGGAGGAUGCCCAGGCCUGUGUGGAGCUUGUACAUUAUGCAUACUUCAAGAAGGUGCUGGAGAAGACGAAAAAAAAGAGACAGAAGAGUGACGAUGCCGAUGACAGCAGUCAGGAUGAGGCUGCAGAUGAAGUUGACGGAGAAGUACCCGCCAAGAAAAAACAGAGGAAGACGAAGGAGAUGUCGGCCAAGCGUCCCGUCAGGCAGGAGGGGGAUGAGGGUUACGACCCUUACGACUUUGACGAAAGUGAGGCUACUGCCAGUGAAGAUGAUUCAGAAAUGGUUGAGAGAAAGCCGAGAAAGAAACGAACGAAAUCUCAGGACGGUGAUGCUGCCAUGGAUACAGAGUCCUCCCAACCGUCGUCACAGAAAGCUGAUAAGGUGGAUGAUAAAAGGAUGAAGACUUUCCGAGCAGCAUUAUUUAAUUUGUUCAAAGCUGAGCAUGCCCAGUCCGUGUCCUUGGACAAGGUCAAAGCACACAUGGCCAAGGAGUUUACAGAGGGUGACUUUUCAGAGGACAAUGUGUUUACCGCUCUAGAACAAAUGAUGGACGCCAACCAGGUGAUGCUGGCUGAUGAUGUAGUUUUCCUUAUUUAGUGCCUUCGUUCAGUGAUAUUGUUCCUUAUUUGGAGUGUGUAUCAUCAGUGAUCUUUGAGUGUUCAUUCAGAAACAAUACACUAAAACAUAGACUAUAAGUGAUGUGUUCCUUAAUUUGAAUUUACGUUCAAUGAAGAUGUGUUCUGAAUUUGUAUUUACCCUUGGCAGGUAACUUUCAGGGGUAUCCAUUUGUUGACGCGGAGAAAUCUCGUUUUCAUUUUGAGCGUAAAAUCGCCAAUGUUGUGUUCUUGAUUUUGAGCGUACAUUGGGAGAUAUGCAUAGUAGUUUCAAACAAUCGGAGAUGUUGAAUUUUGACCGCAGUCAUAGAUGUCGUUCUUCUGAUUCACAAUGUACAUGUAUGCAUGUUAUGUCAGUCAUUUAAGAGAGCAGAACUAUUCAUGUUGAUCCAGUUUUGGAUUGUGCCAUCAAAGAUAUAUAUUUUUAAGCUGAAAGUGAAGAUGACAGAAUAUUUCAUUCAAGAAUAUCAUAUAGUGCUGUUUAAACAUUGGUUUGGAGAUUAUGAUACCAUAGAUUUGAAGUUGAACACCACAAUCUAGUAUUUAUUAUCGACCAAUAGUGAUUCAUUUGGCUACUCUUUUAAAAGUGGUAUUCACUGAUAUCCGAGUAUCUGUUGCUAUGAAAUGAUCGAUAAACUGUAAUAUUAUCAUCAACUAAUGUAGGACAAAUCAUUCACCGUUAAUCCAAUGUGUAAAAUUGUAAAUAUUUCACAUAUGUGCAAUGCCUGUACAAAUAUUAUAAGUUUUGAUAUUGUUUUGCUCACAGGAGAGAAUCAGGAUGUCAAUUUAAACAUGUUCUGCAGUGAAUGUGCUACUUGUCUUUUAGAGCUGUCACGAUACACUUUACCCACGAUUCGAUACGUUUCUUGAUAUUUGUACCACGAUUCGAUACACCUUUAUGUUAAAAUAUAAAAAAAAUGACAUAUAUAAGCCGUCGAUACACGGAAACCCGAACUGUUUCCACACUUUUGAUUUGAAGCUUGCCAGCGUGUCACAAAUUUUCAUUUCUUUACCACGGUCCGCCAUUUUGUUAUGAAUGCUUUGUGAAAAUUGCAUCCUCGCAGCCGAUUGGUUGAGGGUUUAAAGAUCAGCCAAUGAAAUUGAACAUCUCAGACGUUUUGGCUGAAGCGGCAUACACUAAUAUUCAGAUCGUGACGUAUCGAAAAUCUGGAAAAAUAUAUCUUGAAUCGAAUCGAACAUAAGUGCAUCGCGGUGAAUCGUGACACCUCUAUUGUCUUUCCUGAUGUUGCAAGUUGUAAAAUAGUAUUUGACUCGAUUAUGCACUGUAAUUUGUGUGAGCUUUUUGUAAAUAUUUGUAAUAUAGUUUACACAUGUCCUGUAGAAAUACAGUGUACUACAUUGCAUGAACAUUGCCUGAUAUAUUGAACCAGGCAGUAUUGACACUGCUGUUCGGAUGUAAAAAUAAGGUCAAAGUGUUGGUAUAUCUAGAUAAAAUGAACUGCCUGGUAAGACAUUAGUGUCUCUAGAAUUCCUUCUAAGAUUUGCUUUCUAUGGAAAUUAACUUUGAAAGUAAGAUCUAGUAGAACAUAAAUGAAGAAAUCUAUUAUACAUGUUCUCCCACACUAGAACUGUCUGAGAGGAGGGGGAAAUCAUGUUUAAUUCCAAAUAGAUCAAGUUCAUUUGACAUUCUGGGUCCAGUUCACAGCCUUAUCAUAGAUGAACCACAACUUGUCACUAAAUUUAUGCCUUGUACAUUUAUGUUUAGAAAAAAAUAAAACAACAUCAAAAUUCUUAUUUAAGAUUAUUUAAUAUAUUGAUUUAUUUAUAAGGCUUUUCCAGGGAACAUUUCUUUUGCUCCUGGACUCCAGAUUUCAGAACUUGCGUAAAUGUGAAAAACUGGAAGGUUCAAAUCCAGCCAUGGAGGCAAUAUAUUUUGGGAGUCUGGGGCCGGGUGAAUAUUUUUACUGGAAAAGCCUUUUUAAGGAUUAUAAGAUAAUAAUAUAUUGAUUUGGAAUUUUAUAAUGACUCAUUAAGCAUACCAGGCAUAGAUAAACCAGGCCAAGAUCUUUGUAAAUUCAGUCCUGUAUCCUUGUACAGAGGGUACGAACCAGGCCCAGAUCUUUGUAAGUUGAGUCAUGUAUGCUUGUACAGGGUGGUACGAAACAGGCCCAGAUCUUUGUAAGUUGAGUCAUGUAUGCUUGUACAGUGUGGUACGAAACAGGCCCAGAUCUUUGUAAAUGCAGUCCUGUAUGCUUGUACAGGGGGUACGACCCAGGCCCAGAUCUAUGUAAGUUGAGUCCUGUAUGCUUGUACAGGGUGGUACGAACCAGGCCCAGAUCUUUGUAAUUUGAGUCCUGUAUCCUUGUACAGGGUGGUACGAACCAGGCCCAGAUCUUUGUAAGUUGAGUCCUGUAUGCUUGUACAGGGUGGUACGAACCAGGCCCAGAACUUUGUAAAUUGAGUCCUGUAUACUUGUACAGGGGGUAAGGAAUUAGACUCGCGAAUGCAUGCAUGGCACAUCAAAUAUAAUGCCAUGGCUAUGUACUGGCCAUGGCAGGAGAUUGUGAAAUGUUGACCUGCCAAUAUUCAGCGUGAAAUGUUGACCUGCCAAUAUUCAGCGUGAAACGUUGACCUGUCAAUAUUCAGCUAUGUAUAAGGCAAGAAGUAAAGUUUAAAUUGUAUAUAAUUAGAUGUCUCAUGUCUAAUAAACUUAAAAACUAAA